AUGAGAUCAAACAAGCGUUCGUCGCUGCCCUCCGGCAUAAGCAGCCCCGUGUACCGGACUCCCAGCUUCAACUCGUCGGGCCGAAGUUCCAACUGUGAUGGCGAGGACAUGUACUCAGAUAUCUCCAUAGAGGAUGACGUCAGCGACCUCAACCAGAAGGUGCAGGUGCUGGAGCGGCAGGUGACGGUGCUGGCGGAGAACCAGAACAACAACGAUGACCGGUACACGCGCAGCAAGGAGGAGAACGCCGGUCUGCAGGCGCGCCUCAUCAUGCUGGAGGAGCAGCUGCGCGAGGUGGAGCUGCGUUCGGAGGAGCAGCUGGACUCGGAGCGGAGACGACACAAGGAGCUGAUGCAGCGACUGGAGAGGGAGAAGACGCUGGAGCUGGAGAACCAGACCAUCAGGCUGCAGAGUCUGGAGAAGGAGGUGCGCUUCGCCGAGGCGGAGGCGGCGCGCGCGCGUCAGCAGCUGGAGGCGGCGGCGGCCGGCCGAGCCCAGCUGGAGGAGCGGCUGGCCGAGCUGCUGGAGCGGCGCGGCCGUCAGGAGCUGGAGCAGGAGCGCACACUCCAGUCGCAGAUGGUGGCCGAGCUCUCCAGCGAGCUGGAGGACACGCGCCAGCAGGCCAGCCUGCGCCUCAAGACCGAGUCGGACGAGUCGGGCGUGAUGCGGCUGCGCCAGGGCGAGCUGGAGACGGAGCUGCGGGAGCUGCGCCAACGGAACAAAGAGCUGCAGGAGAGCAACGAGGAGCUGCAGGCGCAGCUGCUCUCUAACGGCCUAGAAGAGGGCCGACAGCUGCUGGAGUCGGGACCCAAGAGCCUGGCCUUGGAGCUGGAGGACAUGUCGGGAGAGGAGGUCGAUAGUGGUGAAACGUUGCAAAAGCUGAAGAAGUCGCUGCUGGAGCAGCAGGACGUGAACAAGCAGCUGCGCACGUACAUCGACGGCAUCCUGCUCAGCAUCGUGGAGAACUAUCCGCAGCUGCUGGAGGUGAAGCACAAACAGUGAUAUGCACUGCCAGGG